AUGGAUGUUACAAGGCCACUGCCAGAGAUGAUUAAGCUCUAUGAUCCUAAAGGCAAGGUGUUAGAGAAAUUAGUACACUAUGAUUGGAAGCCACUGUACUAUCAGAAGUGUUGUCAACUAGUCCAUAUAUACAAGGACCAAAGGAAGCAGAAACAAGAUGGAAUGAUACAAAAAACUGGGGAAGGAAUGCAGAAGCAGGAAUGGAGGAAAGUUACAGUACUUGAACCUCAGAGUAAUCCAGAGGUUGAACCACAAUGGCAAGUAGCUCGAGGCAAAUCUGCUACAAAGAAGCAUGCAGAUGUCAUAAGGGAGAAGGAAGUGGACAUUGGUAAUGCGUUCAAAGCACUGGUUGAUACUGCUCAAAAAAUUGUCCAACUGUCUGAAGCCCAAGGUGAAAAAGAGAAGCAGAACAAGAAGGUUUUGAAUAACUGGAAAUGGGUGGACAACUAUGAUGAGGCUCCUGGAGGUAGACUAUGGGUUAUAUGGGAUUCUACACAGUUGGAUUAUACACUAAUUAGAACUCAUGAACAAUUUAUACUGGGAAAGCCUGUGCAAGAGGUGGAGACAAGGGAUUUCAAACAAUUCUUAUUGGAUGCUAAAGUAGAUGAAUUGAAAACUGUGGGAAGACAAUAUACAUGGACUAAUAACCAUGUACAUAGCAGGAUUGACAGAAUUCUGGUGAAUGCUGAAUGGAUACAAAAGUGUCUUAACAUGGAAGGGAUGUCUAUGAAUCCUGGAUUCUCAGAUCGCUGCCCUUUAAGUGUGAGUUUUGAUACCAGCAGCCAAGCAGUUCAACUCAAUUGGAGACCCAGAAAUGGUAGACAUACAAUGCUAACAGUGUGGAGCAAACUUAAGAAGCUGAAAGUGGCACUAAAGCAGAUGAAUAAGGAAGAGUCUAGUGGAAUUGAUAACAAGAUACAAGAUGCUAGAGGGAGAUUAGAAAAUUUUCAAAGCCGAAUGAGUAUCCGAGGCCAAGAUGUAGAGCAGGUUGAACUGGAAAGGGCAACAAAAUUAGAGCUGGAAAAAUGGUUAAUGAAUCCAGAUGAGUUGGAGGCAGAGAUCCUGAGUUUCUAUUGGGGUUUACUUAGUACUGCAGCGACACAACUACUAGCGAUCAAUUCUAAGAUUAUGCAGAAUGGAUCUAUGCUGAGCAGGAGCCAACAACUACAGUUAAUCAGACCUGUUAGUAGAGAAGAAGUGAAGCAAGCUUUAAUGGGCAUUGAUGAUAACAAGGCACCAGGGUGUGAUGAGUACAAUUCCUACUUCUUCAAGAAGACAUGGCACAUUUUGGAAAAGGAAGUUACUACAACAAUUCAAGAGUUCUUUGAGAGUGCAGAUAUGUGUAAAGCUAUUAACUGCACAACCAUCACAUUGAUACCAAAAGUUCAGAAUCCAAAAAACAUAAGAGACUUUAGACCUAUUUACUGUUGCACAAUUUUAUAUAAGCUCAUCUCAAAAGUGAUUACUACAAGAAUGCAAGGGGUGAUGGAAGACUUGGUGGAUAAUUGCCAAGCUGCUUUUAUACCUGGAAGACUGAUCACAGAUAAUAUAAUUAUGAGUCAUGAAUUGGUGAAAGGUUAUGAAAAAAAGAAUAUAUCUCCAAGAUGUAUGCUUAAAAUAGACAUGCAGAAAGCCUAUGAUUCUGUGUAG